AAAAGCUGCGUGUCUGUCCUCGGUCUAAAGUGCUCUCUGGAUCCAUUCCCCACGAUUAAUUUUCCGAUGUAAAGGUUGGUGGUCAGAGAGUAACUCACGGCAAUAUCAGUCUAGUAAUGGAGGAUCUGAGCUACCUGUCUUGUCCAAACCCUGCCCAACUCCGGUACAAAUCAAUUAAUGAAGUGCUACACGAGAGGACCAUGGAAUCUCCUGAUAAGGAAAUCGUAAUCCAGCGAUCGAUAGGAGGCGGCAGGAGGUCACUUACUUAUAGAGAACUUUUAAACAGGUCCACAGGGAUUGCCAAGUACCUAGUCACUAAGGGGAUCGGUGCAGGGGACAGAGUUGCAAUUAUUGGGCCAAACUCCAACGAGUGGAUUAUUGCAGAGUUCGCUAUCUUCUUGACAGGAGCCGUUGCUGUUCCGAUAAACAAAACGUCGGAGUCGGUCCCAGAGAUGAUGAAGUUGCUAAAAGCUUCACAGAGUAAGGCUGUGUUGUUUGAUCCUGAAUCAGACGAAGAGUUCAUGUCGGAAAUGGAUGCUUCUUUCAAUAGUGAUGAAGAUAAACUUGAUGUUUUGUUACUUCAAAAAUCAGCAUUAUCUUUUCUCCCCUCGCUGAACGACGUCACCAUUACAACGAAUGAAACAUCAAUAGUAUUGCCAAGAAUACAACCAGAGAGUAGCGCCAUGAUUUAUACAACUUCCGGUUCAACUGGAGUCCCUAAAAUGGUCGAAAUGACUCACUUGGCAAUUGUGAAUGCUUCCUAUAUCGCCUAUUUGGGGACAGGAGGAGAUCGGCCGUCCGCUAAAUGUUACAACGACGGAUUGUUUACCUGGAUAGGAGGUAGUCCAAUAUUCAGUAUUCUUAAUGGAAAUGCACGAGUGUUUGCUGACAUCGCAAUAGGUCUGAAGAAAGAACAACUGAUGGCUGUUUGGAAUAUCAUCAUCUCCGAGCAGUGUACAAAUGCUAUAUUCUUCCCUCAUACUGUGCUCGAUUUGAUUGAAAAUCAGGACGACAUUCUGAAGAAAGGCUACAAAAUGUAUGCCAUUGCGACCGGAGGACAAAUGAUCAAUAAGCAUCUUAGUGAAGUAUGCGGUAAACUCACAGAGAAGCUUUUCCUGGACUACGGGUCCACUGAGGCCGGAAUCGUGUCAUUUACAGAGCUCAAACUGGAAACGGACGUUGGAUAUGUUGGGCCACUCUUUCCAGGCUACGAGGUCAAGGUUAUCGGAGACAAUGAUGACACACUGACUCGAGGACAUUUGGGUGAAAUCCUCAUUAAAUCUCCGUUUAUGUUGAAGUCCUACCGGAACGCAUACAAAUUAAACGAAGAGUGCUUUACUGACGGGGGCUGGUUCCGAACAGGAGACAUUGGAAUCAUUACUAUGGAAGGCAGAUUAUUUGUGAAAGGCAAGUCGACUGACGUAAUAAAACGGGGAGGUGUGACGGUCUUGGCCAGCGUCGUGGAAACAGCCAUGAUCCAACUUCCGGAAGUAAGGGAGAUUGUGGUGCUAGCUGUGCCGGAUGUCCGACUCUUUGAGGAAAUUUGCGCAUGUGUCGUCUUGGAGGUUGAUUCAAAUAUAACAGAGGUUGAAUUAGAUCGGAAGUGUAGAAUGACUCUCGGAGACAACGUUUUGGGCAGUGCACCUUCCUACUUGCUCCGUUUUGAUGCGUUUCCAAGACUACGUAAUGGUAAAUCAGACAAAGUACUUAUUAAAAAACUGGCUAUGGAAAGAUUGAAGUUCGAUUAAACUGUUUAUAUGGUUACCAUUAUCAUAACAUUGUUACAUUGUAUAAGGAUAUUGCACCAAAUUGAUAUCAUGAUAGGCGACCUACAUGGGAAUACUUUGCAUAAUUCAGGAUUUCCUUUUGUGCGCUCUACUUGGCAAUACCAAAUCAACAAAAUAUAUAACGAUGUCCCAUUUGCUACAUUUUAGAGCUCUGUCCUUUUUUUCAUCUACCCACCCUUUCGCCGGUGACUCACUACCGAUUCAUCUUAAUAUAACCUAAGCUACUGAGAGAAUAUUGAACCCCAAUCAAACCAGAACAAUACAUAUAUAAAUAUUAAUUUAAAACUCUAAACAGCUAAAUUAUCUUACACAUAUGCUAGAAUUGAUAGAUUGAUUCCUAAAAUAUUGUAUCGCAUCCAGAUUGUUGUUAUUGCCUCAAUGUUUUUCAUUGUUCUAGUUAAACUGACGCAAAUUAAAUUUCAUUAACAAAUUUAGCGUUUCCAGUCAGAUCAGCAGGCGCUCACACGACUCUUAUUUACAGCAAUGCAAUAUCACUUACCUGGGCAAUGAUCUCGAUGUAUGUUUGUACAUAUCAAUAAGGUAGAAAUACUAUUUUCAGAAUUGUGAAACAGUAAUACGUGAGCACUCGUGUACAAUUUCUUGUUUAACACCACCGCCAUCUCUCACAACGAUUAUAAGUUUAGGCUUCUGAGUUAUCAGUUACGGCCCUCCUUUUCUAUUCUGCACGUUCAUUUGUCUUCUGUGAUGUCUCCACCAUACUCGAUACUGCAGGGGCUACACUCACUUACGCUCUCUGUACCCCUGGAAUAUGUCAUAGCAAAAUUGAAAGCUCAGUGUGAACUACCUUGUUGAUGGGACAACAAGACUAGUUCGAUCCUUUGAUAUACAUUAAAAGAAUCUCGCGGUCGCGUAACGGUAAAACUUUAUUGACUUUAAAGUCGGGUAUCGCUCCUUUGUAACUCUCAAAGGACAGCUAUCAGCCUAGCAAUUGGUCAGUUUUUUUACUCGAGACCGAUGAAACAGCUAUCUUUGUACCUUCAAGUUUUCUAUGACGUAAUCCAGGGGGGCAGAGAGCGUAAGUGAGAGUAACCCCUGGUAUCGAGGAUGUGUCUCCAUAGGCCCUCGGCCUAAUAGCGUUUGUGGGGACGUUGCAUUUCAUCCUUUAUCAGGUGUUUAUUUGGUUUAUGAGUCCAGUACAUUUAUGCAAUCUAUGAUAUACCUUAAAAACUGUUAAAAAUAACAAAAUCUCUAUCAUGUUAGUUAAAUUUCACUAUGUGUCCAUACUCGCCUUGUUCGUUAUUUAAAAUAUGACUUAUUAAUGUCUUUGAAAAACAUAGCCGUUAAGCCAUACAUGAAUUUCCUCUAUACUUGCUCUUCUCAAUUUAAAUUAUGACCAUUACAAGGGCUCAUUUGGUUUCUUUAAAAGUAUUGAAAACAGCUUGAAACUAGAACUUCCUUGGAAGAAAGAUCUCAUUAUUCAUGUCAAAAUUGUAAUUCCUAUAUAAAUGCGAGACAGUUAUGAAGGCAUUUUAAAAUGUCUUACUUUUUCGAAUUAUAAAUAAGUUUUAAUGGCUAUGUUAA